AUGAGCGGCGGUAGCGGGGCUCCUUCGGGGCCGGGCUCCGGCUCAGCGCCCUGCCGCUUCGCCCACUACUUCGUGCUGUGCGGGAUCGACGCCGACAGCGGCUUGGAGCCGGAUGAAUUAGCCGUCUUAUACCAGUGGCUAGAAGCCGACCGCCAUGGCAGGAAUUCAGAUACUGCAAAAAGAACAUCAGGAGAAAAUUUUGACCAGAGUCCCUUGAGAAGAACUUUCAAGUCAAAAGUCUUGGCUCACUAUCCCCAAAAUAUAGAAUGGAACCCCUUUGAUCAAGAUGCCGUCAAUAUGCUAUGCAUGCCCAAAGGGCUAUCCUUCAGGACUCAGUCUGACCAGAGAGAUCCCCAGUUCCAUUCAUUCAUUAUUACUCGGGAAGAUGGAUCCCGCACCUAUGGAUUUGUACUCACAUUUUUUGAGGAGGUCACGAGCAAGCAGAUCUGUGCAGCCAUGCAAACGCUUUAUCAGAUGCACAACGCGGAGCAAUGCAACAGCGUCUGUGCCUCGUCGUCAUGCAGCAUGGACUCGCUGGCCAGUAGUCUGGAUGAAGGAGAUUCCACAUCCCUGGCCAAAAUGCAGCGCUGCAACUCAUACGACAUCAACAGGGACACGCUCUACGUUUCCAAGUGUAUAUGUGUCAUUGCUCCAUUGCCUUUCAUGCAAGCCUGCAAGAAAUUCCUCAUCCAACUUUACAAAGCGGUCACUUCUCAACAACCCCCACCUUUGCCUCUGGAAAGCUACAUACAUAACAUUCUUUACGAAGUACCCCUUCCGCCCCCAGGAAGGUCACUCAAAUUCUAUGGGGUUUAUGAGCCUAUAGUCUGCCAGAGACCAGGGCCAAACGAACUCCCCUUGUCUGAUUAUGCUCUCCGGGAAGCCUUUGAGCUGCUGGGCUUGGAGAACCUCAUUCAAGUGUUUACAUGUGUCCUGCUAGAAAUGCAGAUUCUUCUUUAUUCUCAAGACUAUCAGCGUCUGAUGACGGUUGCAGAAGGGAUUACCACCCUGCUAUUCCCAUUCCAGUGGCAACAUGUGUAUGUCCCCAUCCUUCCAGCCUCACUCUUACAUUUCCUGGAUGCUCCUGUACCUUACUUGAUGGGCCUCCAAUCCAAAGAGGGAACAGAUCGUUCUAAGCUGGAACUUCCUCAAGAGGCCAACCUCUGUUUUGUGGAUAUUGACAAUCACUUCAUUGAGUUACCAGAAGAGCUUCCUCAAUUUCCCAAUAAGCUGAAUUUCAUCCAGGAAAUUUCAGAAAUUCUCCUUCAGUUUGGGAUUCCUCUUGAGGGUCGUCAUCAUUGUAGCGAGAGUGCAGCCAAGUUAAAAAAUCUUGUCCUUUAUGACUUGGCCAACGACAAAAAGAACGGGAAUGUGCCCAGCAACACCAUUAACAUGUAUGAGUUCCUCAAAGGCAACGAGACAAUCGCCCGCCUCCAUGCUUUGGCAAAGAGGACAGGAGUGGCAGUAGACAAAAUGGCUAUCACUGCUUCUUUGGCAGAAAAAGGAACAGAUGUUAAACUCCACUGUGACGAACAGGAACUGAAGGACUACAAGCUGAAUGUCCAGCUCCGGGAGGUUUUUGCCAACCGCUUCACCCAGAUGUUUUCCGAUUAUGAGGCUUUUGUCAUUCAAGCGGCACAGGACAGGGAAUCCUGGCUGACCAACAGGGAACAGAUGCAAAAUUUUGACAAAGCUUCAUUUCUCUCAGAUCAACCGGAGCCUUACCUUCCUUUCCUCUCCCACUUCAUUGAAACUCAAAUGUUUGCAACGUUCAUUGACAAUAAAAUUAUGUCCCAAUGGGAAGAAAAAGAUCCAUUUCUACGAGUGUUUGACUCUAGAAUUGAAAAAAUGAGACUCUAUAAUGUCAGGAUUCCUUCAUUAAGAACAUCAACAUAUCAGAAAUGCACCACAUUAAAAGAAGCAGCUCAGGCAAUUGAACAGCGACUGAUAAAGAUGGAUCACACUGCAAUUCAUCCACAUUUGCUUGAUAUGAAGAUAGGUCAAGGCAAAUACGAGCAAGGUUUCUUCCCCAAACUUCAAUCAGAUGUGUUGGUAGCUGGGCCUAUCAACAACAACCGGUGGGUGAGUCGCAGUGCUACUGCCCAGCGGAGGAAAGACCGUAUUCGACAACAUUCAGAACACAUAGGCCUGGACAAUGAGUUAAGGGAGCCAUCAGAGGAGUUCUUGAUUCGCCAGAACUCGAUGGCAUUCUGGGAGUGGGAUCAGGGCCUGCCCCCUCCUUUACGGCCACCUAAAAAAUCAUUCUCUGAAUGUUGCCUGAAAUACAUGCAAGAAGCAAGGACCCUGGGGAAAAAUCUCAGACAGCCCAAACUCUCUGAUCUUUCUCCUGCUGUAAUUGCUCAGACAAAUUGGAAAUUUGUCGAAGGUUUACUCAAAGAAUGUCGAAUGAAGACCAAGCGUAUGUUAGUAGAGAAGAUGGGUCACGAAGCCGUGGAACUUGGCCAUGGAGAGGCCAACAUCACAGGUCUAGAAGAGAAUACACUAAUUGCUAGUCUUUGUGAUUUGCUGGAAAGAAUUUGGAGCCAUGGAUUACAGGUCAAACAGGGAAAAUCGGCAUUGUGGUCCCAUUUAAUUCAGUACCAAGAAAGAGAAGAGAAGCAGGAGCAGCUUGCAGAAUCUCCAGUUGCUGUUGGACCAGAAAGAAGGAAAUCUGACACAGGUCUUAUGUUACCUAUUCUAAGAGUUUCACUUAUCAGUGAUAUGAGGCACAUUCAGAACAUGAGUGAAAUAAAGACUGAUGUGGGUCGGGCGCGGGCAUGGAUAAGACUGUCUCUUGAAAAGAAGCUCUUGUCUCAACACCUGAAACAGCUCCUCUCUAAUCAAGCUCUGGCAAAGAAAUUAUACAAGCGGUAUGCCUUUUUGCGUUGUGAAGAAGAGCGGGAACAAUUUCUCUAUCAUCUUCUUUCUCUCAAUGCUGUGAAUUACUUCUGCUUUACAAGUGUCUUCACUACCAUCAUGAUUCCAUACAGAACUGUGAUUAUCCCCAUUAAAAAGCUAAGCAACGUAAUCACUACAUCAAACCCUUGGAUUUGUGUUUCUGGAGAACUGGGUGAUACUGGCAUUAUGCAGAUUCCAAAGAACUUGUUAGAAAUGACGUUUGAGUGUCAAAACCUGGGGAAGCUAACAACUGUUCAGAUAGGACAUGAUAAUUCAGGACUGUUAGCCAAGUGGCUGGUGGAUUGUGUCAUGGUCAGGAAUGAAAUCACUGGACACACCUAUAAGUUCCCUUGUGGAAGAUGGUUGGGAAAAGGUGUUGAUGAUGGAAGCUUGGAACGUAUACUGAUUGGAGAGUUACUACGAUCAUCAUCAGAGGAAGAUUUGGGGAAACAGUGCCGGACCCCCCCUCAACAAAAAUCUCCAACUGUGGCCCGAAGAUUGAGCAUGACUUCCCUAACUGGGAAGAAUACAAAACCUAAUGCAGGUCAGAUCCAAGAAGGAAUAGGGGAAGCUGUGAACAAUAUUGUGAAACAUUUCCAUAAGCCUGAAAAAGAGCGGGGAAGCCUUACCGUUCUUCUAUGUGGAGAAAGUGGCCUGGUGAUGGCAUUGGAGCAGGUGUUCCAUCAUGGUUUCAAAUCCGCACGUAUCUUCCAUAAGAAUGUCUUCAUUUGGGACUUCAUAGAAAAAGCUGUUGCCUAUUUCGAGAUGACUGACCACAUUGAAGACAACGAAGACAAUGUCGUUCUUCAAAAAUCCUCUCGCAAAACCUUUUGCCACUAUGUCAGUGCCAUCAAUACUGCUCCGCGGAACAUAGGGAAGGACGGCAAAUUCCAAAUUCUUGUUUGCUUUGGAACUCGGGAUCAUUUGAUUGCCCAGUGGAUUCCAUUAUUGGCAGAAUGUCCCCCGCUUAGUCGGAUGUAUGAAGAAAAUGCUCUUCUGCGCGAUCGCAUGAUGGUUAACUCCCUCAUCCGAGUCUUACAGACACUGCAGGACUUCAACAUUGUCUUGGAAGGGUCACUCAUAAAGGGGGUGGAUGUGUAACAUCUAGCUCGCAGACAACUUUUGUCUCUUCCCCCGCACACUUCUCUCCUU